UCCGAUAAUCCUCGCAACAUUGAAUCGAUCAAUUAUGAUGCCUCUGGCGCUGCGUCAAAUUUUUUCAAAGAGAUCAAAAUAGUUACGUUACGUGAAUUAUAAAAGUCGGCAGGUUACAACUCUUACGAAAAAAAUUCGGACGAUUUGCUCUCAUGGAAACGUGACAAUGUUGCUGUUUCAAGGGGGAUAAGUAUAACUGCAUCGUAAACUAAUCGAUCAAUUGAGGAUCAAGUGUUUAACACUUGUCGCGAUAAAGCGAUCGAGUUACAAAUUCCAACGUAAAGAUAGCAUAAGUGCAACAGCAGUCGACUAAUCGGAAACGAAGGCGCCGGAUACCCGUUGGGAAACGCGGAACGGAAACUAUUGAAACGACGAGAAAGAGAGAGAGAGCGAGAGACUAGUUUUCGUGAACGGAAAAGCACAAUUUGAUCGAUAAAAUCGUGAGCGUGAAUCCGCGAUGUUGCGGCUCGGCGACAGUCCUGUAACGAUGUAACGAGAAAGGAUCGCCGGCGGUUGCAUAAUUUAAGAGCCGGCGAGUUACGCGACAAAACUCGUUUCGUCCACGUGGCCUGUUUUUCUGGCUUUCGAGCGGGCUUUUUAUCACCGUCGGAUCUCCAAACGAUUCGUUGCUGGGUAUAGCGCGCUAAUUUUAUCGUCUCUCAUUGGAUUCAGCGGUUUUGCUCGUUUCAUUCGGCAACGUGAUCGUUCAGUGAGAGAAACUUCGGCCGGGAACGGUUUCCGUCCGACAAGCAGCGAUCGGACAGCUCGGGAACAAAGUGGGAACGACGUUACACGCGAUUUCUGAUAACGUAAAUCGAGUUCAACUUUCAUCAGGACUACGAAAGUCGGAUUACACGUGGCGUUAUUUAUGGACCGCUUCGGGCUAUUUCUAUGUUUUAAGAAGCGUGUUUGCAUAAUAGCUGGAACCACAGUGAUUUAGGAGCUCGUAAACUUCGGGAACGAUAAAAGAAGUUAAGGAACGAGCUGAAAUAUUAUACCACGGAGAACCGCGUAACUGGCAGAUACGUGACAACUGUGCAAACUGUGUGUGUCCAGAAGACGUCGAAUCGCUCGAUGUUGCGUCAGAUCGCGAUAUAUAAAAACGAAGACCACGUGUAACGUCGGUUCAUCCAACGAUCGCGCCGUUUCGACUACCAAUGUAACACCGAAAAUAUUUACCGUGUAACAUUAUCAUUCGACGAUAUUCUCAUCAUCCAGUGACAUCUUCAUCGGCCGUGUGUUCGUAACCGCAAGUGACAAUUGCACGAUGCCGGGUCUGGUUUGAGCGCGACAAUGUAACGGUGAUCUAUCCGACGCGGAAAUCGUGAAAUUAUCGCCGGUGUUUGCAUACGAGAUAACGUUGUUUGCCGAUGCGUAAGGGGGUCUGGUGCAACAGCAACUCAUUACAUUGGUACAAAUUGACUCGUUUGCGGCCGCAGAUAAAUGCCACACGCGUUUGGACGUAUCAAUUGAAGCCGGAGAUCCAGACCGAGGGAGGAAGGUUUUUUUUCUGCUGUGCCCUGUACAGCGUCGAAUCGGAUGGAAGAUCGCAGUCGGCCUUAAGAUGCCCGUGGACACUGCAAUCAGCGUCGUGGACAAGUCCGCGACGGACAAUGGAAGCAACGCAAAUGGAGAAGUUCCGAGGAAAGAGCACGCGGACUUCGAAACCGCAAUCGCCGCAGCCGGCUGCGGGAAGUUUCAGUAUCUGCUGUUUCUGAGCAUCAUACCCGUGACCUGGGCGACCAGCAUCGACACCUCGAACAUCGCGAUCGUCCUGCCGUCGGCGGAAUGCGACCUGGGAAUUACGCUCUUUCAAAAAGGACUUUUGAACGCCGUCACGUUCGUGGGAAUGGUGUCGAGCGGCUUCAUAUGGGGCUACAUAGCUGACGUCCGAGGCAGAAGGACCGUCUUUAUUUACGGUUACCUGGCGGACGGUAUUUGCAACGUUCUGUCCGGAUUUUCGCAGGACUUCUGGACGCUUGUGUUCUUCAAGCUAUUGAGUGGAUUUAUAAUAAGCGGCCCCCAUGCUUCCACGGUGUCAUACUGUUCCGAGUUCUACGGGAUCAAGGGGAGAACGAGGAUCCCGUUGAUCAUUGGCUUCUCCAUCACCUUUGGAAACAUCGUGACUGCAUCGUUAGCAUGGUUGGUGGUACCCCAGCCCUGGUCCAUAGUUCUGGGCGAAGGCAGCUUCGUCUACAACUCCUGGAGGAUGUUUCUGUCUCUCAGCGGCGUCCCGUUGAUCCUCGGCGUCAUCGGUCUCUCAUUUUUCCCGGAAAGUCCGAAGUUCCUGAUGUCCCAAGGUCGCAACGCCGAGGCUUUGAAAGUUUUCCAACAGAUUUAUCGGCUGAACACAGGGAAAUCCGCCGCCGAAUAUCCGAUUGAAAGUUUAGAGGAGAAGUCGUUAAGGAAGCAGAAGAACGACAACAAGAAGAACGCGAUGACAGCAAUUUUCUCGUAUCCGCACGGCCCUCGGCUUUGUUUGGUCACUUCGAUGCAGUUCGCGACGAUGCUGGCAUUCAACACCAUUCGACUAUGGCAGCCACAAUUGUUCGCUAUACUGAACAACUUCGAUUCGUCGAACCACAAUGCCACCACGGAAGGAGAUCCAUCGUUCUGCGAGAUUCUGGAUCGCUCGACUGUGCAGAAGGCAGCGGAGGUCGAUCAGUUAGCUUGCCAAAACAUCGUCAGCGAGUCCAUUUAUUUGAACACCAUUAUCAUAGCCACCGUGGCGUGCCUUUUCGUCAUAUCAACCAGCUUCGUCUCGCAAUUCUUGAACCACAGGCUUCUGCUCUUUAUUUCUUACGGCGCCGCUUUAUCUUGCAUAGUCUAUUUCAUUUGGUCGACGAACACCGUGAUUACCUUGGGAUUAACCUGCGUGUUCGUGGGAUUGACGAACAUUUCGUUGAACAUCGUCGUCGCGGCUGCUGUCAUCCUCUUCCCGACGUCCUUGAGAACGAUGGCAGUGAGCCUGGUGAUGACCUCCGGCAGAAUCGGCUCGAUAAUCGGGAACGUGCUGUUCCCGGUGCUCCUAGCAUACGGCUGCAUAGCUCCGAUCCUGACGCUGUCGGGCUUUCUGCUAAGUUGCAUCGCGCUGACUUGCCUGCUGCCUCGGUCCCGGAAAACCGACGAAUAACGCGAGGAAUCCUCGUUCCGACUCGACCUCGGCCGGAGUUCCCGCCAGUAAUUCUCCGUCGAAGGCACCGCGGCGGUCUUUCAUCGUGGAACUGGGCCAACCGUGCGCGGAUCCCGAACCCUCGGUUUGCGUCAGAAUAUCGAGUCGUUCGGCGGAAAAGUUAGCAAGUGGAGUGCAGGUACUCUGAUCGAUAGUAUCCUGUCCGGAUAUCAUCGCGGUCCGUCUCGUUUUUGACUCGGCCGCCGGAAUCUCGGCCGGCGAUCGUUCGCGCGGCUUCCGCGCGGGCCCCGCGUUUCAAAAUCGGCGCGCGUAAAAGCGAGUGGAAAAGUGGAAAGACGAAAACGGAGAAGGUUGCGGAGGAGUGCCAGUGGACUACGAGUCCGGGUCAUCGAAGCGAGAACCACCAUGGGGGAACGACGGUUGCACAAUCGGCCGGCUGGAGGUUCCGUUGGGGGUCAGAUUUUUCAGCCGCGGCCGCGGCCGCGGCGCAGAUCGAUACCGAUCCGAAACGAUGAUCGAGCGCGUCGAGGACGAUCGCCGAGCCGCGGCGACUCCUUAAGCGCGUCCGCACGCGGCGAGGCCUUGGGUUUCACUUUCGACACAUCCUGGAGAGCCCUCCAGCCUUCACCCACAUGCUCGUUCGUCUCGAUCCCGUAUACACACCUCGGGGUUCGGCUUUCUUGUGGACGCUGUGCCAUGCUGCCGCCACCGCCGCCGUCAUGCCGCUAUCUCGCGCCCGGGAUCUCGACAAUCUCGACACGUACGCGGCCACGACCGCGCUCCUUCGCGGCGGUAAAACGGCAACGCGUCGCGCUGAUCGAGUAAUUACGCGUGUCCAUAAAAACCGAGCGUGUACCUAUUAUAUACUCGCCGGACGGUCGACAAUAGGAGAAAGUCAAGGCGCCGAUCGCGACCGGCCGCGUUCCUUCACGGUACACGUUCGAUCGUCCCGGGCUGCUUCUUCCUCGUCCAAUAUCUAACUGGCUGAUCACGUUGCCCGUUUCUUGCUGUCGCCUUGUACCGAUCGCUUUAAUCCUUCGAGGACGAAUCUCGACGUAUCGACGAUAACAUCUGCAGUUUAACGCCAGAUUUACGGAGCAUUAAGCAGCUGUUUUAUAUUGGUUUGUAAUAGUAUAAGACAUUUAUUCGGAUUUUGAACGUGUGUUGUUGCUAGAUUGUGGGUCUUUAAGCAAAUUUUGAUUUACAUACGUCAUUUUGGAAAAUA